UCCAAUCUCUGGAAGUGGUAUUUCGUGGAUGCGCACUCUGUAUUUCAGGAUAGUCUACCCUCUGGCUCCUUUCAUUUAUUGGGUUCUUGCCGGACCCGAACACCACUUCUCCAAGAUCCGCCCCGACUGGUGGUGCUCGUCCGUGAUUUUAAGAUUCUCUCACGACUGCUCCAACGAUUGCGACAUCUCUCGCGCCUCCUAAAUUCUAAAUUCUCCAUCGAAGAGUCAAUCUUUUUCAGGCAUUAGAGCUCUGCACCGCAAUAGGCGCCUACUCGUUCCGGUUUCCCCCCCAUUCCGUAGUUCGUCGAAUCCGUGUGUCAAAAUCGCAUCUUCUUUGUGUGUUUUGUGGGGUGGAUUCUGUGGAGUUUGGCGUGUCCAUGAAAUUUUGCUACUAAGUUCCGUAUUCUUCGAGUUGAUUGGUUCUUGCUCUAGUUUGAUACCGUGUUCGUUGAAGAGUUUCUUGGGACUUUUCGGUUUUUUUUCUUUUUCAAAGAGUUUCUUGGGACUUCAAGAGCACUACUCCUUUUUGGUCAGUUUCUUGAUGUUGCCUCAAGCCAUUGGGGUCAAACUAUGUGAUUCUGAUCCAACUCGCAUAGGUUUCCAUGCAUUUGUGGUAGAGAACUAGAGAUGUGAUGCUCAGAUGGUAGUUUGACCAUGCUCACAAUCCGUUCGACGAAAUGCCCUUUGGCAUUUGGGGGCGUGGCCGGCGCCCUGGUGGUGCUUGUCACCGCUGUCCAUGUGUUCAUGGUGCCAAUCCUUCCGUCUUCGUUCGAUUACUUCGGUGCACGCGGCAGCGUCGGCCGGCCAAGGAAUGUUCUCCCUGGCGUUGGGGUGGUGGACUCGCGUCUCAGGGGGCAGUUCCCUUCUGAUUCAUAUGGCGCUGUGGUGUUCCGUGGCGCACCAUGGAAGGCUGACAUUGGGAGGUGGCUUGCUGGAUGCCGUGCUAAUUCUUCGUCUGUCAAUGUUACUGAGGCUAUAGGUGCAAAGCAGUGCCAGAAAGACUGCAAUGGACGUGGCGUGUGCAACUAUGAGCUGGGAGAGUGCCGAUGCUUUCAUGGAUAUUCUGGGAAAGGAUGUGAAGAAGUUGUGAAGUUGGAAUGCAACCUCCCAAGUUCCCCAGAAUGGCCUGUAGGGCGAUGGAUAGUUUCCAUAUGUCCAGCUCACUGUGACACGACCAGGGCAAUGUGCUUUUGUGGACCAGGAACGAAAUACCCAGAUCGGCCUGUAGCAGAAGCUUGUGGUUUUAAAACAAUCCCACCUGCAAAACCUGAUGAUCCAAAGCUUAUCGAUUGGAAAGCACCAGACCUGGAAAAUAUAUUCACAACAAACAGCAGUAAGCCAGGAUGGUGUAAUGUGGUUCCUGAGGAUGCAUAUUCUUCCAAAGUAAAGUUUAAACAAGAAUGUGACUGCAAAUAUGAUGGUCUCUGGGGGCAGUUCUGUGAGACACGUGUUGAAUGCAGCUGCAUUAACCAGUGCUCUGGUCGCGGUCAUUGCCGUGGUGGUUUCUGCCAGUGUGACAGUGGAUAUUUUGGGAUUGAUUGCAGCAUCCCAUCAGCGUAUUCGCUUGCAUAUGGAUGGCCCUCAUGGCUCCAACCACCAAUGAAUUUACCAGACCUGAAAAACUUGAGCAAUAUCCCCAUCAAUGUUAAGGUUGUUGUUCAGAAAAAAAGACCACUUAUAUAUGUAUAUGACUUGCCAGCUGAGUUUGACAGUCAUCUUCUUGAAGGACGACAUUUCAAGUUUCAAUGUGUGAACAGAAUAUACGAUGACAAGAACAGAACUAUAUGGACCCAACAACUGUAUGGUGCUCAGAUGGCACUCUAUGAGAGCAUUCUUUCUAGCCCUCAUCGCACGCUUAAUGGGGAUGAAGCUGAUUAUUUCUAUGUGCCAGUCCUUGAUUCAUGUCUAAUAACUAGGUCUGAUGAUGCCCCACAUCUGCUGAUGCCGAGGGACCUCCGCCUCAGGAGCUACCAUACUCUGGAGUACUAUAAGAUGGCUUAUGAUCACAUAGCUCAACGGUAUCCUUACUGGAAUCGCACUUCUGGAAGAGACCAUAUCUGGUUCUUUUCCUGGGAUGAAGGUGCCUGCUAUGCUCCGAGAGAGAUCUGGAACAGCAUGAUGCUUGUCCACUGGGGAAACACGAACACGAAACAUAAUAAUUCAACAACCGCUUAUUGGGCGGACAACUGGGAUGAUAUUCCCUUGGAUAGAAGAGGCAACCAUCCAUGUUUUGAUCCAAAAAAGGAUCUUGUGCUUCCAGCAUGGAAGGAACCUGACCCAGGGGCCAUAUGGUUAAAACUAUGGGCAAGGCCAAGGAUCAACCGUACAACACUAUUCUAUUUCAAUGGUAAUCUAGGUCCUGCCUACGAAGGAGGCCGCCCAGAAGACACAUAUAGCAUGGGGAUUCGUCAAAAGCUAGCAGCUGAAUUUGGUUCCACGCCAAACAAGCAGGGAAUCCUUGGAAGGCAGCAUACAGCCAAUGUGACUGUUACCCAUUUACGAACUGGAAAAUAUUACGAGGAACUAGCAAGCUCCGUUUUCUGUGGUGUCUUUCCAGGGGAUGGCUGGAGUGGGCGCAUGGAAGACAGCAUGCUUCAAGGAUGCAUUCCUGUCAUAAUUCAGGAUGGAAUUUUUCUUCCCUAUGAGAAUAUUCUUAACUACAACAGUUUUGCAGUCCGCAUACAAGAAGAUGACAUCCCAAACCUCAUUAGAAUACUUAGAGGAAUAAACGAAACACAAUUAGAGUUUAUGUUGGGAAAUGUGCGCCAGAUGUGGCAGAGGUUUUUCUAUCGUGACUCUAUAUUGCUAGAGGCACAGAGACAGAAAAGGUUCUCCAACGAGGCACCCUGGUCAGUUGAGGUCUCAAAACUAGACGACAAUGAUGAUGUCUUUGCCACUUUUAUACAGGUAUUGCAUUACAAACUAUACAAUGACCCUUGGCGGCAAGGUCUCCGGCAAACAAAGGAAACUGGGUUGCCAAACAUCUGCUCAAAAGCUUCCUGAAGUUAGUCGAGCAUUGCAACUGUAAAGAAUAGGCGUACUUCCUCUCUCUUCAGAAUAGGCAGUCUUAGGAAGGGAUCUAUAGAUUUUCUUACCUUCAGGAUACACGAGAAUAGUAAGUGAAAGAUACUCUCUAUUUUUUCUUAUCUUUUGUUACUCUUGUUCUUUUGACUGAACUCGAGUUAGAUCAUUUCCUGAGAAAAGGGAGAUUGCCGCGGCACAUUAUUUUCGUAGUCUAUAAAGCAUUGAUUUAUAAACUAUGCAUUCUUUUUCCAGUUCCCAUGCCGAAG